AUGGCGGAUGACUGGAAGGUCUCUGAAAAUCCAAAUCAUCUGCCUGCAAGCAUCAUCGUUCCGAUCAUCUUUUCACUGAUAUUCCUACUUGGAACUAUAGGGAACGGCCUUGUUCUGGCAGUGCUGCUGAGGAAUGGCCAGAUGAGUUAUAACACAACCAAUCUCUUUAUUUUAAACCUAAGCAUAGCUGAUCUGUUCUUUAUUAUCUUCUGUGUUCCUUUUCAAGCCACCAUCUAUACACUGGACGGGUGGGUCUUUGGCUCAUUCCUUUGUAAAGUGGUCCACUUUUUCAUCUACCUCACCAUGUAUGCGAGUAGCUUCACAUUGGCUGCUGUAUCAGUCGACAGAUAUCUUGCCAUUCGAUACCCUUUGAAAUCCCGAGACCUCCGCACAGCACGGAAUGCCACAGCUGCCAUUGCUGUAAUCUGGGCCUUGUCCAUCAUCCUGGCUGGACCAUACCUGAGUUACUACCAGAUUGUCCAUUAUGAGGGAAUACCCAUUUGCGUGCCAAUAUGGGAAGACAGGAAGAGAAAAAUAAUGGAUGUUUCCUCGUUUGUUUUUGGCUUUUUAAUCCCAGUUGCGAUCCUGAGUCUUGCCUACACCAGAACAAUCAAGUAUCUGUGGACAUCAGUGGAUCCCAUUGAGACCAUCUCAGAGUCGAAGAAAGCAAAGCGGAAGGUGACGAAAAUGAUAAUCAUUGUUGCUGUGCUCUUUUGCCUCUGUUGGUUGCCCCAUCAUGUUGUGAUCAUGUGCUUCUGGUUUGGUUACUUCCCGUUCAAUAAAGCAACAUACGCCUUCCGCCUCAUCUCACACUGCCUGUCCUAUGCCAACUCCUGCCUCAACCCUAUUGUGUACGCUUUGAUAUCAAAGCAUUUUCGCAAGAGAUUCAGGCAGGUCUUUACUUGUCACUUGAAGAAGCAAACCACCAAUAAAAUUCAUGUUGUCCACGUGGCUAAUACCAUGACUGGCUUCCAGCCACCAAUAACUGAAACCUCCCAGAUAAAUGAGGAAAACUGCAAAAUCGGACGGUCAGCCCUGGCGGAAAGCAACAUGAGAUGUAACAAGCCAAGAAUUGCUCUGAGGCAGCAGGCUCUGCAUUUUCCCUAA